GUGAUCUCUGUAGUUAGGUUGUGAUCACUGACCCUUCAGUAUUAAUAAUAUCUUUGUUUGUUGUUAACAUGGAGGAAAGAGAUUUGCGGAGGCGGUAAAGAAGUCUUGAAAGGGUGUUCCUCAACAAAAGAACAAGUAAUAUUGUGGCAGUGGAUUCGCUCCUGGAGUAGUACUAUGAAAGGCAUACCUGGGAGAUACAUCAGUGAAACACCUGAGUCACGAGCUAUUUAUCCAUCAUCUAAGGACAGCUGGUUCAUAUCGUUUCUUGUUCUUAGCAAAGGACUCGGCUGCUUUGGCGUGUUCUUAGGAUGUGAUCUGUUGAAGAAACUCAGUGUUAUUCCGCUGGUGUGUUUUGUUAAAUGCGUUGCUGGUUGCUGCUUUCUGUAUCUUCAGAAGCCUUUGCAUCUGGGACACUCACUGUCACAAGCUCAAGUAUGCCGCAUUGCACAGGUUGUGCUUCUGAAAGUGGGCAUCACUAUCCUCAUGUACUACGGCAUGACGAUGUGUGGCCCAUUCCGUUCCAUUCUCAUCCUACAUAAUUAUGAUUUUGCUGUUCUGACAGCUCUUGGAGCUCUCUUCUCUGGUGGCAGUGCAAAACCAGCAGUUAUUCGUGGUGGCGUACUUUUUCUUGCUGCAAUGUUAACCUUAAUAUUUCUUGAUCAUGAUGAAAAUGAGCAAAAUUCUGGGCAUAGUCAUUUGUUUUCUGGCAUUGGUUCUUGGCUUGGACUUGCAGAUCAUAAGUUGGGCGUCGUACUGCUUUCGAGUGUCCUGCCAAUCCGUGCUGGUGCAGAAAUGUUGAGCAAGCGUGCUUCGCAAGAUGUUGGUGGUGAACAACGUCUUCAUGCUCUGUCAACGCUGACAGAGGGUGUUGUGCUUCUCCCGUGGACAAUUGUAUCAUUAUUUCUGCAGGAGAGCCAAGGAGUAUCACUUACUUCAGCAGUUCUGUCAGUUUUCCUUAUUUCAGCCUCCACUCUUGUUGUGCCACACUUUGCUGAUUCAGCGUGCAUACGAAGGUUUGAUAUGCCUCGUGUAGCAAGAAUUGGCUCAGUGUCAAGUUUCCUGUGGGCAUUAUUGGGAGCAGUACUAUGGAGUAAACUGGCUUCAAGCCCAGGUGAUGCUAAUGAUUCCUCAGUCACUUCCCUUUCUGAAGACCACAGGCUUUCAGGAGGAGGAAUACUUGCUUGCAUUUUGUACAUGUUUGCCUCCCUGAGCUUGACAUCUGUUAACAAACCGGGUGCUAAAGGAUCACUAGUUGGAUAUUCAUCAUCAGGGCUACCACUAUACACUUUUACUAGUAGUGCUCUCCAUGACAAAUCUCGAUCAGCCUUCAUAAUUGCCAGUUCAAUGCUUCGGCAGGUACUUGGCAGCAAUAAUAGCCGCAGAAUAUUCUACUUCCUGUGUCUCAAUUUGAGUUUUACAUUCGUGGAAUUUUUAUAUGGUAUAUGGACUAAUAGCCUGGGGCUCAUUUCUGAUGGUUUCCACAUGUUAUUUGAUUGCUCAGCACUUGUCAUGGGACUACUUGCUUCAGUAAUGGCACACUGGAAGCCAACAAAAACCUUCUCAUUUGGCUACAGUCGUGUGGAGGACCUGUCAGGUUUCGUAAAUGGGCUGUUCUUGUUGGUAAUUUCAGUUCUUGUAUUUUCUAAAGGUGUGAGUAGACUUGUGGAUCCUCCAGCUAUUAACACACAACGAUUGCUUGCUGUGUCAGUAGCUGGACUUAUUGUCAACCUUGUUGGAAUUUUAGUGUUCAGACAUGGAUCUUCACAUUCUCAUGAUCAUCAGCAUGGUCACAAACAUAGUCAUGCAGCAGGUUUCCACAGUCAUUCACAUAAUGCUAACAUGGAAGGAGUUUUCCUCCACAUAAUGGCUGAUACACUUGGUAGUGUUGGAGUGAUUGUUUCUUCUCUGCUAAUACAGCAGUUUGGUUGGUACAUAGCAGAUCCAAUCUGUUCCAUGUUUAUUGCAGUGCUAAUUUUUCUUAGUAUAAUUCCGCUUCUCAAGCACUCAGCGUAUGUGUUAUUGCUGCGCAGCCCUGUCAAAGAGGGUGACAAACUGCUGGCAGCUCUGCAGCAGGUUACUGCCAUUGAUGGUGUACAGACUAUAAGGAAACAACACUUCUGGCAACAUUCCUCAGACACCAACGUUGGAACAUUGCACAUUCAAGCUGCUCCAGAUGCCAGUGAGCAGAACAUCAUACAGGAGGCUUGUUCCAUAUUGAAAGAAACUGGAAUCCAUCACUUUUGUGUCCAAGUUGAGAAAGAAGAAUUCUUUGCCCAUAUGGCUGGGCUGAGCUGGCAAAUAAAAGAUCCAGUCCCUGCUUUUGGAGGAAAUAAAGAUGUCCUAUUCCUGGUCAAGGCUGUGUGAUAGAAGAGACUGACACAUAUCGGUAUAGUGCCAUUAUAGUUUACCCAUGGCACUAGAUGAUGUUGACAUUAACUCUGAGAAAAGUGCGGUUAUUCUUGAAAUCAUUUCACCAACUUACUUCUGCAAAAAGGACUGCAGUGUAUUAGUGAUGUAAUCCAUUAUGUUAAAAUUCCAUUACAAUCAAAUUUUAGGCAUUUUGUUUAUAUUGAAAAUGCCAAAUACAUAAGCUGUAUUGUCCAAUAGAUUUAUCAGAUCAGGGUAAAAAGUAAAUCUUUAUGAAUCUGUAUUCAAACAUGUCCUGUUUUGAUAAAUUUGUAAUUUAGAUUUUUUACUAGUUGUAAUAUUUAUUUGCAACAUUGUGAAGCUUCAUGAUUACUACAAGAAGUAAGGAAUUAAUGUUACAUGUCAGAAAUUUUUCUGUACCUGAGUUUUAAGUACUUACACCUAAGUAUGUUUUGUUUAUGUGAC